ACCCCGGCUAGAGGCCGCUCGACCCGCCGCGACCGCGUCUGUUCGGCCCGGUGUGGCUGGCCGCUGCGGUGAACGCAACCAGGCGGCUCGGAACCGGGAGAUCUUCAGUUGUGUGUGCAUGGUUAAUCCCUGGGAAGAUUGCUUACAUGCUGUCAUUUGAAAUGCUUUGCAUUUGAAUGGUGAUAAAAAUGGAAAAAGAGAGAAUAAAUGAUGAAAACCCAGGUCAGAAGGUUCCCUUGGACUUUUCUGAACACUUUAACCAACUUGAAUUGUUGGAAACACAUGGACACCUUAUUCCCACUGGCACCCAGAGUCUCUGGGUAGGGAGUUCUGACGAAGACGAGGAACAAGAUGAAAAAACUGAGGAGUGGUAUCAGUUGCAGGAAAAGAAGAUGGAAGGAGAUCCAAGCAAAUUGCUUCUUUGGGCUGCUGAAAAGAAUCGGCUUGCUACAGUGCAGAGGCUGCUGUCAGCCAAGGCUGCGGAUGUGAAUACCAGGGAUGAAGAUGAGUAUACACCUCUCCACCGCGCAGCCUACGGGGGUCACUUAGAUGUGGUCCGGGAGCUGAUCCACCAAGGGGCAGAUGUUCAUGCCGUGACCGUGGAUGGCUGGACACCCCUGCACAGUGCCUGCAAGUGGAAUAACGCUAAGGUGGCAUCCUUCUUGCUUCAGCACGAAGCUGAUGUCAAUGCACAGACUAAAGGCCUCCUCACACCCUUGCACCUUGCUGCUGGGAACCGAGACAGCAGGGAGACUCUGGAGCUCCUCCUGAUGAGCCGCUAUAUCAAGCCAGGUCUGAGGAACCACCUGGAGGAGACUGCAGGCGAUGUCGCCAGGAGGACGAGUAUCUUUCACUACCUCUUUGAAAUAGUGGAAGGCUGCACAAACUCUUCACCUCAGACUUAGCCAUCCCAGCAGUUUCUUGAGAACCAGCACCUGCAGUGGGAGCUGUCAUUUCCCAGUGGCAAAAAAUUACAUCAGUCUUAACAGAAUUUCACGGUCCCCACCUAGUGCACUUCAAAGUGAAUUGAUGCCCAAAUAUCUGUGAAUUUG